CUUACACCUUCUCCCACCAUGUCCCGCCAUCUGUCACCAUCUAUCAUCGUCGCUCUUCUCUUGUGCUCCUCAGAUCUUCGGUCCGAUACUGCCUGGUCCCGUUAUGGCUUCUUUUGACCUUGACCACAAAACCGCAAGUAAUGACGAGAUAGCUGCCUACUGUUCAAAUCCAAACCAUACCUCUCUCAGCAAAGCUUGUUAUGAUAACCAUGUUGUCAAAUUAUCUGAAGAAGCAGUAGUCAAGUUUGGGCGGGGCAUCAAAGAAGAGGAGGCGAAAAGUCUGAGGCGAGCCUACGAACUGGUUGAUCACGAUGUCGUGCGCAUUCCAUUUGUCUAUCGAUUUUUCACCAAAGCACAACAAGGUUAUAUUGUCAUGGAGUACAUGCGGGGAAGGGUCAUCGAGCCUGUUGAAGACCAUGUUCUGAUAGAAAGAAUCGCCGAUGUUGUUGCCUAUCUUACGACUAUUCGCGGUUCUGUACCUGGUCCGCUUGGUGGUGGAGUGUCAAGUGGUAUCCUUUGGUCUGAACACAGUGAAGAACCUCUCCUUCAUACUGUUGAGGAGAUGGAAAAUUGGUUCAACAGGAGACUACGGAAACAGGAUCCUAAAGUAAGAUUCAGUGAGUCUGAGUUGGUUUUGUGUCACCUUGAUAUAGCUCCUCGAAACUUCCUCCUACUCGAGGAUGAUUCUAUCUGCCUUCUUGAUUGGGCCAGUGCUGGGUUUUAUCCAAGGGUGUUCGAAGAAUGUGCUAUGAGAAUUACACGUGGAUUGAGGAAUUUGUUCAAUGAUGAUGCCCUGAAACUGAGGGGUUUGACGGAAAUGGAGGAAGUUCAGAUAACUUCGAUGAUGCAAGCUUACUACAAUAGUGUGCGAUUUCACUUCAAACCCACACAGCCAUCACACGUCACCCUGGGGCGCAGGGAUGAAAAUCCUGUCGAUGAUUGAAGAAAGCACUGGUUACUAGUCACCGAGUUGGCAGAAAGUAUCGAUCAACUUUAUCAUACUACUCCUCGUCGCCAAUGUUGGAGCGUCAAUAUCCAGAAGCGCCAGAGGCUUUUACUAUAUUUAAAUUCUGUUAGGGGGUAAUGAAGCAAUGCGCUAGCCAGGCACAGCUUUGGGGCUCUGGUUGAUGAUACAACAUACUCAUAUCGAAUAUCCUCGUAUCCAUGGUUCACAAGAGAGGUGUCGAAGCGUACGAACAGACUUGUCUGAGCUCGGCUAUUUUAUGUGCACCUUACCCGGGACGAGUGCAUGCUCGGGCGUUCAUUUGGAGCAGAAUCAGACAUGGAGAAGGGAAUCCAAUGUAUUGGCAUAUGCUCGUGUCUACGCUACAAUGAUACCAAAUCUUUGUAUCAUAUAUUUUGCUGGGGUACUCAAGUCACGUUCUAAGCACG